AUGAUCAAGAACAGACUUCAAGCCUUAGAUGAGCGCAUAGAGGAGAUGGACAUAAAAUACAAAAAGAUCGUGGGGAAUCUGGCGGCAAAUUUGGCUGCAACAACACUUAAGGUUAGAACAAGAUACUUCCAUCGCAUUGGCGUCGGUGGCAGGGGAGUUCUGAGAAUGUAUGAUAACAUCACAGGGUUGCCAGAUCACAAGAUCUUCCAUCCUGGAAAGAGUUAUCCCAUUAUUAUCAGGCAUAGCAAUAGCUUAACUGCUGAUGAUGAUGCAAGAAUUGAUGCGCGUGGUGCGUCUCUAAGAAUAUUCUCAGACAAUGCAAACAUUGAAACACCACUCCUGGAUUUAACGUUGAAAACAGGCAAAGCAUUUUAUGCUCGCACUAUUUCAGAUUUUGCAACUUGGCUUGUAUGCGGGCUAGCUGCAAGAGAGGAGCAUGUAAAGCGUGUUCCCCAUGUUCGUGAUGCAGUUUGGAUGUCCCUGCGCAAUGCAGAUUCAUAUACCAAGCUCCAUUACUACUCAAAUAUAUGCAGGCUAUUAAGGUUUACAGAUGGACAGGAAAUGUAUGUUAAAUUCAAGUUGCGCCCUUUCGAUGAAAGCGUCACUGAAGAUUCUGGAAAGGUUGACCCAAUUGGAAUCCUCCCUCCAGAAACAGGUGCAAUUCCAAGGGACAGUAGUGACAAACGCCCAUUACUUUUUCUUGCUGAUGAUUUCCAGCAACGUGUGAGUUCUCCAGGCGGUGUUCACUACAUUUUCCAAUUACAGUUCCGUCCUGUACCAUCUGAUGAAGUGUCACAAGAUAAUGCACUUGAUUGCACCAAACCGUGGGAUGAGACAGAAUAUCCAUGCAUCGAUGUUGGGGAGAUAACGAUCGAUCAAAAUCUUUCCAAGGAACAGGCAGAGGAGUUAGAGUUCAACCCUUUUCUCCGAUGCAAUGAGGUUGAUGUCAUCCGGGCUAGCUCAGCCAGCCAAAGUGCUUCAAUUGAUCAUGGCCGGUCAUUGAUUUAUGAGAUUUGCCAGCACUUGAGAAAUGGCGAACCACUUCCAGAGGCUUGGAGGACUUUCAUAGAACAAUCAGAUGUCAAAGUGGACCUCUCCGGUUGUCCAGUUGCAGCAGCAUUAAACAAAACAGAAUCUGACAAAGUGACUCUGCAGAGGACUUGGUACCAGAGUAUUGAGGUUGGGGAAGGUGGAUUUGUUGGAAGUAGAGCAGUUGCAAUGCCAGGAGUUAGAGUGGAAACUGGGGGCUGCCUUGCAUCUGUCUCGCUUGCCAUGAAAGGUGAAAUUGUACAGUCAGGUUAA